CCCAGCUGGGCCGAUGAAAGAGCCGCCGGUGGGGGUGGGCAGCGCAGUUAGGGCCCCUCGGAUGCUGCUUUACGGUUGACCGCCGGGGGCCGCACUAGACGGGCCACCCUGGCCUGGCCCAGCAGACUCCUCUGAUGCCCUUCAUCAUGUGAUGCUCUGGUCGGGGUGGGUGGGGGCUCCUUGGGAAACCUCGCUUCGCUCACUUCUGUGGGGGAAGGCGCUUUUGAUGACAACACGUGUUAUUAUUUCACUUCAGAAUGGGAGGCUAACUAGGCCUUCUGGGUUUUAAGGGUCCUCCUGCUCAUCUUGCCAAGGGGUGGUCCAAAGUCCUGCCCUCCUGAGUGCUCCGCUUCUAGGUUUUGUCAGCUUUCCUUUCUGGGCUCAGCUGCCUGGGUGUUUAGGAUGUGUAGUUUCCGGACCAUCACUCAGCAGGUGCCUCUUUCCCUCCAACGUGACUUUACUGCCAUAGUUACUGUUAAAAAGACGCAGAAGGCUGUCGGAGGCAAACUUGGCUGCCAUAGACUCCUUUUGACAGAAUGACAGCAAAAAAACAGAAUUUCAGUUUCCAGCUCCCUGCUGUAGUGCAGCCUACAGUGGAUAAUCAUUUGUAUACAUUUGGGAAUGGUAUCAGUUCCGACAGUGAUGUGCUAGAAGAUGAUACAGAGCUGUAUGAACUGCGACCCAGGGGAAGGGAGAAAGUCCGAAGAAGUACAUCAAGAGAAAGGAUUGAUGAUAUUGUAUUUAUAACCAAGGACAUAAAGGAAGGAGACACACUAAAUGCAAUAGCUCUCCAGUAUUGUUGUUCAGUAGCAGAUAUCAAAAGGGUGAACAAUCUUAUUACAGAUCAGGACUUCUUUGCACUGCGAACUAUUAAAAUUCCAGUGAAGAAGUUCAGUGUAUUGACUGAGACACACAGCUUUCCAAAAAGCAGGCAAGCUUCAAGAUCUGCUUCUACUUUGUACUCUACAGAAUCCCCAGAUGCAUCACAAGCUGCCGAGCCAUUCUCCACAGAGACUGUUGGUAACUUUUUGAAAGAAGUAGACCGUGAUAUAGAACAAAUAGUGAAGUGUAAUGCUACAAAGAGAGAGAAUCUUCAUGAAGUUGUUUCUGCCUUAUCAACCCAACAGUUAAACUUUGAACCGGACGGUAAAUCCAUCAAGCGGAAAGAUCCUCAUUAUGGAGCAGAUUGGGGAAUAAGAUGGUCAACAGCAGUAGUGAUAAUGGUAGUGGUGGUAAUAAUAACUCCUGUUUUUUAUCUUUUAUACUAUGAGGUUUUAGCUAAAGUGGAUGUCAGCCACCAUUCUACAGCAGAAUAUACUUCAGUUACAGCACCAUCUCAGCCCAAACCACUAGAAAAUGGAAUAAAUCACCCUAUUUCAUGAUAACUGAAAUUUUUGUUUUACAUGCUAAAGUCUUGGGCAAUCGUUCAAUGUGUUCUGCAAAGAAAAAAGAACAACAGGUCCUGUGUGGAGUUGGAAACUAGCUAUCUUUGUGGCGGCAUUUAAUAAAAACUCUUGCAGAGGGUAUGGAAGAUGUCACCUUUCAAUGGAAAAGUUGUUGCCAAGUUCAGUGUGAGAUUGUUGAUUGAAUACCAAUUGUCUGGAUCUGCCAAAAUAUGUGGAUCUAAGCUGGCAAACUCCCACUAAGUGAAAGGAGCUUCAUUGCAGCCAGCAAACAAUGAAAUGGUUUUCUUUAGUCUGGAAGUAAGUUAGCUUCCUGUAUUAUAAAAGAUAAACCAUUCUCUUCUAGCAUGGAAUAUAAUAGAAAUCAUGAAGGUAGGGGUUUAAAACAAUUUUAGCUUAUCAGAUAUGCAGAACAAGUACAAUGCUCUGUUGUUGAUCUAACAUACACUACAUGGACUAUGAUAUUUACAGUACUUUUUCAUGAGAAAAGACCAAUGAGCCAUGAGACUAAACUGCACUUGGCAUGCAAACAUCUGUAACAGUGUAUUGAUACUGUUACUACUUUUAAUAACAGUUUUGGGAGGGCAAAAGGUGUUGAGCAAGGAAGGAUAUUCUUAAACCAUUCCCUACUUGUAGUCUUUCUGCUCCCAAGCGACCCCCCUAAGUGCUGUUACUAUUGAAGAGUUCCAAAGGUGCAAAUGUAUAUGUAAUUUGGUGCAGACAAAUGGCAAUGUCUUCUCCCCUACCCUUUAAAUGAAAAGGCAUUGGAGCCCCAGUGGACACUUUUUGCAGGGAACAGUUACCUGGCGUGAA